CCGUAACUUUCCACAAUUUAGGUUGAAAAUGUCUCCACCAAUCACGAAAAGGAAUACAUGUAUGCUAAUAAGCUCUCCCAGCAGUGUGUAAUCGUUGAAUGUGACAGAAUUUCCGUGCAGGUUUACCUCCAUUUUGGGCCGAUUUUCGAGUUUAAGCAAUCAGACCGGCACAGAAUUCAUACAUCGCUACAAGAGGAGGAACCUGGGAUCCUUCUGGAUCUACGAAGAGAGGCGAUAAAGACUGUCGGAUGUGGAGACCGCCCAGAAGGCUGGAACUGUGAAAGUAUUGAUGUUUUACUGACGACAUCGUGCCACAGAACAGCUGCUUCUACCUGACAACAUCUGCAGUUGGAAUCAAGGUGAAACCAAGGCUUGUGAUGCUGUGACGAGCAACAAAAAUGGCGCAAGUGGGAGGAGGAUUCGGAGGCCAAGGCCAGUGGGCCAUCACAGUGGAGGAGAGGGCCAAGCAUGAUGCACAGUUCUAUGGGCUCAAACCUGUCAAUGGUUUCAUCACAGGUGGUCAAGCCAAGGAUUUCUUCUUGCAGUCCCAGCUUCCACCACCGGUGUUGGCCCAGAUAUGGAGCCUAGCAGAUAUGAACCAGGAUGGCCGGAUGGACAAGCACGAAUUCUCCAUUGCCAUGAAACUCAUCCAGAUGAAGUUGAAAGGUUUUGAACUCCCCAAAGUUCUCCCCGCCAGCUUGAAAGGACCCCCCACCCCAGUCAUGGGAUCUUUCCCAUCCCCAGCCAUGAGCAUACCCAGCUCUCAGCCAGUGAUUGCCUCAGUCUCCCAGGGCAUGGUGGGAUAUGGCACGCUGCCACCCCCUGUGGCCAAUGGUGGCAUGGGCAUGAUGAGGUCAAUGACCCCUGGUCCAACCAUGAGUGGAAGCCAGACUCUUCCCAAGUCAGCUAUGCCUCUCCAGCGCUCUUCAUCGUUUGGCUCGCAGGAGUUAUCCACGUCGCCAACCCGCGCACGGGCUGGAUCUCUCACUGCGGACUGGGCCAUACCGACCCAGUCCAAACUCAAGUACAACCAAUUCUUCAACAGCCACGACAGGUCUAGAACAGGCUUUAUAACAGGUGCACAGGCCAAGAAUAUACUUCUACAGACUGGUCUACCACAGGGAGCACUAGCACAAAUUUGGCAAUUAUCAGAUGUUGACAACGAUGGAAAGCUGACACAGGAAGAGUUUGUCCUGGCCAUGCACCUGACAGAUGUCGCAAAGGCUGGCCCUCUGCCGGGAACACUGCCGCAGGAGCUCGUGCCCCCGUCGUACCGCCGCGUGCGCUCAGGAAGCCAGACAGGUAGGAAGGACGCCCAGUUUGCCUCGCUUGUGUCCCCGCGUGGGUGGGGUAGCCUGCGGUCCCCAGGUCCCACAGGAAUGAUGCAGCCCCCUGUGGGUAUAGGUGUGGCCCAGCUCAUCACACAGCCCAGUCUGGACGGGCAGUCAGGGGCAGGCAGUGAAGAUGAAGCAGACAAGAAACAGAUCCCUCCUGUGUCAUAUGAGGAUAAGAAAAGAGAGAACUUUGAACUGGGCCAACAGAUUUUGGAACAGAAAAGACAAGCACUCCUGGAGCAAGAAAGGAAGGAAAAGGAAAGAAGAGUUGCAGAAGAAAGAGCAGAACACGAAAGAAGAGAGAGAGAAAGACUGGAGCAAGAGCGCAGAAGACAGAUGGAGAUAGAAAAACAGCUGGCUAAGCAGAGAGAGAUAGAGAUGGAAAGAGAAGAGCAAAGGAGGAAAGCUGAAGAACAAAGAGAGGCGGCCAAACGUGAACUAGAGCGUCAGCGUCAGUUAGAGUUGGAGCGUCAGAAGAAGCAAGCUCUGGAGAACCAGCGGGUCAAGUUACAGGAGGAAGUGUGUAAGAUCAAGGCACACAAGAACAAAGUGGUGUACGAGUGGCAGACUGUGACUGAAAAGAGAGACAGACUACAAAAGACUCUGGAGGAAUCUAACCGAGGCAUCUCCGAGCACAAGGAUGCCAUCAUGCAACUUAGCCAGACCCUCAUCUCACGGACAUCUAAGGUGGAAACAAUGCAGCAUGAACUGGAGGAAUACAAGCAAAGACUAGAAGCCCUGAAGAGAGAAAAGGAAGACUUGAAUAAUAAAUUGAGUGGGACCAAAGCGGGAACAUCAAACAUACUGGACUCCCAGGCCCAGGUGAGGUUCAGCUACAACAACAAGCAGGUGCUGCUACAGAAAGAACGUACAGAAUGGGAUAAACUGGAAGCUGAGCUUACGGAAAAGACGAAAGAACUGGAACAGACUCAAGGACUUCUUAAGCAAUUAAAAGACGGAAUGGGAACAACAAAUCGAGAGAUCCAGAGACUGCAGAUGAAGGGUCAGCAGUACAACGUGGAGGCGGCAGCACGAGCACACCGGGAGGAGGAGGAGAAGAAGAAGAUGGAGGAGGUAGAACGGGCAAAACGUGCCGCAGAGGAGAUCCAGAGACUACGGGACCAAGAAUCCAAGACGAAAACUCCGCCUCCCCGGCCUGCUGCGCCACCCAAACCAGCCGCCCCCGCGGCCCCGCCAAAGAGACCACCUGCUCCAAAAAUCGAGACAGAGUGGCCCGCUGACCACGACCCUUUCGCCAACAUGGCUGACCAGACUGACCCAUUCGCCAACGAUAAAGAUGCCUUUGCCGAAGACCCAUUCAAAAAUACAGAAGACCCUUUCAAAACUGCCGAAGACCCUUUUCAAAGUACCACAACUCCAGAGGAUCCGUUUAAAACGUCUGAGGCAGAUGAUCCAUUCAAAACAGCCGAAGCAGAUGAUCCGUUUAAAUCCACCCAGGCGCCAGUAGAAAAUGGUGAUGACUUCUUUGCGCAAGCAUUCAAAUCCCAAAUGAAUGCUUUUCAAUCAGCGGCAAGCUUGCAGAAGAAACCAGUAGAAAAAAAUUCAGAUUUCUUUGCCACUGAUGCUUUUGCAGGUGGCUUUGAUGCUUUCCAACCAACAAGUAUUACCCCAGAGCCUGCUGCCAAAACAGACAACGAGGAGUUGUCUAUGGAGCCUUUGAGAAUAGUGGAACCAAUAGACAAUAUUCCCUCUUCAGUAGAGCAGCCUCCAGAAAUGGGUCUGGAAAUGGAAUCAGUCACUCAUCCUGCUCUGAACUUUGGAGGUCCAUUGUCGCCAAAGGAGGGGGGCGGGAAGCUGUUGCGGUACCAGGCUAUCUAUAACUUUGAGGCGAGGAAUGAUGAUGAGAUGUCACUACAACGUGGAGACAUUGUCUUGAUCCCAGAAGUCCAGGAGGACGCAGAGCCCGGCUGGUUAGGUGGUGAGUGCAAAGGGCGGACUGGCUGGUUCCCAGCUAACUAUGUGGAAAGACUCCCCUCUGAGGAUGGUGAUGUGGAGAGGCCACUCAGCCGCAUCUCUGAAGAUGUGGCCGAAGUGGAACCAGAAGACACCUCCAACCAGAUGACGAGUCUUGGUGUGUCCCAGCCUGAGGCAGAGGCACCCUCACCAACCCCUGGGCAGGGACAGGCUGCACCUGAGGGACUGCAGGCACAAGCCCUGUACCCCUGGAGAGCCAAGAAGGAUAAUCACCUCAGCUUCAACAAGAACGACAUCAUUACAAUCAAGGAGCAAGCAGAAAUGUGGUGGUCAGGAGAGCUGGAUGGCAAGGUGGGCUGGUUCCCAAAGUCCUAUGUCAAGCUCAUCUCUGCCCCUGCAAAGAAAGCUAGCCCUGGUUCACAAGCAUCCACCCCGCUGGGACAGGCCCCGACCCCUCCGCCGCAGGAGGCCAAACCUACAGCACAACCAGCAGGAACAGAAUGUGUUGCGUUGUACACAUACACAUCAGCGGAGCCUGGAGACCUGACCUUCAUGGUGGGUGAAGUCAUCCUGGUCACCAAGCAGGAGGGAGACUGGUGGGAGGGGAGCGUAGGGGACCGGUCAGGCAUCUUUCCUGCAAACUAUGUUAGGUUGAAGGAGGAGCAAGACAUACCUACAAUCACGACUUCUGGUGAUGGGCAAAAGGACUUAGCCCAGGACAUAGCACAGGACAUAGCACUGGACACAAUGGCUACUGAGGAUGAAUGGGAGAAAUUGAGAGAAAUGGAGGAGAUGGGUGUACCUUUCGAGGAGGUGACUCAGCAGCAGCCUCCACCAAAGCAACCCAUGGAAGACAAUAUUACCUCCACAAGAUCAACAAAGAGACCAGAGAUAGCCCAGGUUAUAGCUGCGUACCAGGCACAGGGAGACGAACAACUGUCCCUGUCCCCGGGGCAGUUCAUCAAGGUGAAGAAGAAGAACGGCUCUGGAUGGUGGGAGGGUGAACUACAGGCUCGAGGACAGAAGCGGCAGGUCGGCUGGUUCCCUGCCAACUAUGUCAAGCUGCUGGGUGCAGGUGGAAGUGGGAAGUCCACCCCCACAGAUUCCAUCAAGUCUGCGUCCCCCCUCACCGUGUCAACUACCCCCACCAUGUCUGCUGUGCAAGAGGAAAGUGUACCAAUUGCUACAACCUCAGCAUCACCUGCACCAGCAGCAGCUACAAGUUUUGAUGUGACAGCCAUGUACGACUACAAUGCAGGCCAAGACGACGAACUCUCCUUCAAGGCAGGCCAGACAAUAACUGUCAUAGCAAAGGAGGAUGCUGAUUGGUGGAAAGGCACAGUGGAGGGCCGAACUGGGCUGUUUCCAUCCAAUUACGUCCGUCCUCUCUCUGACAGCAGUCAGCAAUGGGCAGCUGAUCUGAACGUGUUUGAGCCGAUGACACCCAUGGAGAGACAACGUCAGGGUCAGAUCCACGAACUCAUCACCACUGAGCAAACCUAUGUGGAUGACCUGGCUCUGGUCAUCGAGGUUUACAUGAAACCCAUGAGGGAAGAAGGCAUCCUGACCCAACAGGAGCUCAAUACUCUCUUCAUUAAUAUACAGGAGGUCAAGACAUGCAAUAGCAAGUUCAACAAGGCUCUUAGAGUUAGGAAAAAGAUGAGUGGAGAAGGGAAAGUGAUCCACAUGAUUGGUGACAUCCUCUGUGAGCAGCUCCCCCACAUGACGUCGUACAUCCGGUACUGCAGCUGCCAGCUCAAUGCCAGCACCUUCCUGCAGGACAAGCACCAGAACGACCCCGAGUUCAAGGAGUUCUGUCGGAUAGGAACCCAGGACACCAGGACAAAAGGCAUGCCACUCAGUAGUUUUCUCCUCAAACCCAUGCAGAGAGUCACCAAGUACCCACUCAUGCUUACCAAGAUCCUUAACAACACGCCUGAAACGCACCCAGACCACAUCAAUGUGAAGACGGCUCUGGAACGUGCAGAGGAGCUCUGUACACAGGUUAACGAGGGCGUACGGGAGAAGGAGAACUCUGACCGACUGGAGUGGCUCCAGUCCCACGUAAACUGUGACGGGCUGCCGGAACAGCUCAUCUUCAACUCUCUCACCAACUGUCUGGGACCCAGGAAGUUCCUACAUUCAGGAACACUCUUCAAGGUGAAAAGCAACAAGGAACUCCAAGCCUUCCUCUUCAAUGACUUUCUGCUCCUGACCACUUGUUCUAAAUCUGUCAGUGGGGCUCUGUUCAACAGCAAGGCUGACAUCACAUACAAAAUGUACAGACAGCCAAUCUUCCUCAAUGAAGUUAUUGUCAAGCUUCCCACGGACAAAGAAGAUGCAGAUGAGCCAGUAUUUUUCUUGAACCAUGUGGACAAGGUGUACCAGUUUAGGACAGAAAAGGCCAGUGAAAGAAACCAGUGGAUGAAGAUAAUGGAGUCUGCCUCCCAACAGUACAUAGAGACAGAGAGGAAGAAAAGAGAGAAGGCUCAUCAAGCACGCAUGCUCCGUUCUACGGGCGUGGGCCGACUUCUUGUAGUGAUACAGGAGGGACACCGCCUGCAACCCUGCAACUCCAAUGGCCGUAGUGACCCUUACUGUGAGGUGAGCAUGGGAGUACAGGAGCACAAGACCAAGGUGAUCCCCGGCACCCUCAACCCCAAGUGGAACUCCUCCAUGCAGUUCUUUGUGUAUGAUAUUGAGCAGGAUGUGCUGUGCAUUACUGUGUUUGACAGGGACUUCUUCUCACCAAACGACUUCCUUGGCAGGACGGAGAUCCGAGUUGCAGACAUCUUGAAGGAGAGGACGGAGGGGAAGGGACCUCUGGUCAAGAAACUGGUGCUUCACGAGGUCCCCACAGGCGAGGUACAGGUCAAACUGGACCUGCAGCUGUAUGACAGGAGCACAAAUACAAUGGUGCUCUCAUAGUUUAGACAUGUACUAAUCCCAGAACAGAUGUAAUACAUGUAAUUUCUCUCAUUACUAUGUAAAAUCAUGGGAGUUAAAUGCCGUGAAUGUACCAUGUUAGCUUUCAUCCCAAAAUGGAUAUGCAUGAUUGUACAACAAAAUUUCCUGGCUUUCUUUCUUCAGGGAGUGCAGAAUAGACCAGUUUGGGUGCAUCCCAAGACCUGUCUAUCAGACUUGCAUAGUUUGAGUGAUAUUUCUCGAAUCAACCAUAGUCAUGUCACUGUGUACAAGCCGGCAUAGGUACAUGUAUAUGUAACUGAUAGGUUGCCUCAGUAAAAUACAGUGAAUGUACAUGUACCUUGUCAGGUUUUAGCCAAAAUAUACAACAAAAUUUCCUGGCUUUCUUUCUUCAGGGAGUGCAGAAUAGACCAGUUUGGGAUACAUCCCAAACCCUUUAGAUCAAACCAUAGGUUUUUAAGUCGGGUCGCUGUGUACAAGAUGGCGAGGUACCUGAUAGGUUGCCUCUGUAGUAUCUUACUGGUGCAUGACUGAUAGGCCAGCUGAUUUUAUCAUCAAGAAUAACAUUAAAAAGAUUGACACAUGUUCUAAAAUUAAUGUAAGAUAAGCAAAUGGCUGCUCGUGUACACUGUGGAAACAUCUAGAUAGUGGGGUUUGUGGAGUUUCUUAAUAGCAAUGUACAGAUGAACUUGUAUAUAACAUGCAGUAAUCAAUGUAUAAACAAUAUUGGACAUUGCAAAUGCCGAGAAAGCAAAAAUUUGUCUUCUUGUUACUCAAAGAUUUUAACCAUUAUUAAUAUGAUAUGAAUCAUUCAAGUUUUGUUGUUGCUUGUGAUUACAAACAUAACUACUAGUGAUACUCAAUCAGAGACAACCAAGUCCUUGUAUUGUAUGAUUUAGAAUGGUAAAGACACCAUAUUCAGGAGAAAACAGUGAAUUCCAUAGAUUCAAAACCAUUCCAUACAUGUUACUAAAACAAACAUGUAGCAUCAUGUAAACCAUCUAAACAUAGAUUAGAGAGUUUGUCUCAAAAAGCAUGAAAUUACGAACACCCUUUCCUAUAGGAAAUAUUUUACAUGUAUCUAUACCUUAGAUAUAGACUUGCUGUUCACAUGGGAUCAAAGGCAAAAAAAUCACUCUUGUUCAGCUGAGUUUGCAGAAACAAAAUAUGCUGUCCCUUUAUCCACAUCUGUAAGUAUCUUUUUCACGAGUUUUUUUUUUCUGUUUUGAAUAUGCAGUUGCUACUUUGCUGGCACAAAAUGUUUUUCUUUGAAGCAUAUUGAGCGGGUCAAGGGAGGGGUUUCCUCAGAGAGAGCGACAACGCCCUGCCAUGAGACCAGAUGAGCUUUAUGAGAUUAUUGACAAUGAUAUUAAUACAUGUGCUGAAUACAUUCAAUUUAUACAUUAUCAUGUAAAGAUGUCUAACAUCAUAUACACUGACUAAAAUUCCAGCUUAUUAAAUAAUAGUUUGAAGACAUUGUGCCAUUAUGAUAGAGCAUUAAGAUUCAAGGAGUGGAAAGUAUGGCAACUCUGUAUUGUUUUACAUGCUGUGUUACAUGAUCAUAUGAGAUUGAAGUUGGUUUCUUUACUUUUCACUUCAUAAAUAGCAAUUACAAUGUACAUGUCUGUGUCUUUCUAAAAGAACGUGACUUGUUUUUUUAGCUUUACUUUCAAGCAGACUUCUAAUUUGUGAAAUAUUGUGUAAUCUAUGAUUAAAUUGUUGUCCAGAUCAAUUUGUUGCAAAUUAGGUUAAUUGCCUACAAGAGCUUAUCCCUAGAAGUAAUCUAGAUUGUCAAUGUUACAUUGAUUUUGAUUGUAAAUGUUACAUUAAUUCUGUAUUAGAGAUAGCCAGUUGAUAUAAGCGCUUCAUAUACUCCAAACUUAAUCACAUUACAUGUACAUCAGCUUUAUUUACCUGAAAUUAAUAUUAACAGUAGACCAGAUUUGAAAAAGAUAUCAUUGUAGCUUUUGCCAUUUUAUGCCUGUAUUUAUCCAAUAUAAGAUUGAUAAAAUGUUUGCAUGGAAAGAAAGACAUUGUCUAAUGUAAUGUGUUACAAAGACCAGGAGUCUAAGAAAACACAUUACUAUGGAACUUCUCACUGUGUAAUAAUAUUAAUGACAAUCAUUGACAAAUGUAUAUAAAGGUAAUAAUGCAUGGGAUGAUUAAAUCAUAAUUUGUGGUCAUCUGCUGUCUGAUAUAAUUUCUGCAGUAUUAUAUCAAAGUUGGAGCUGUUAUGUUUCCAAUAGGCAGUUAAUGCAAACUUGAACUGAUGAAGUCAUUAAGGUUUAAAUUGUGGUAGAAUUUCCAUUACUGAAAGAUUGGUCAAAUCUGGAGUGUCAAACAAAUAUCGAAAAUUAGAUACAUGUAUGUCUAUUAUAUGACCAUGACUCUAUAGAAAUUGUACAUUAUGAGCAUACCACUAUAAGGAAGAAAUCGUGUGUCUGACUGUUUUUUUUUUUAAAGAAACCUAAUGUUCAAUAACAAGUCGUAAUGGUGGGCAGCCAAUGUGACUUUCCAGAUUUACAUUGUAACCAGUCUGUUGUUUGUUUUGGCCACGUCUUCAGGAAUAUUGCGUUAUUAAGAUGCCAUCAUUAUGCAACCUUCCUGCUAAACAAAACACAUAGGGUUAAAGCCAUUAUGAUAAAACAUGCUUGUUCCAGUACAGGUGUUAGUGUCUUAUGAUUUUCUUUAACAGGUUACUCACACAUCUUACAUUAUAUUACAUUGCAGAUCACUAGAUUUGUUAUUCUCUAGUUUUAAACAGAAUGAAUAGAAUUGGUUUGGAUUCCUUUGUGCAAAUACAAUGUCUUGUCUAGUGCUAAUUAGGGCAUGUGCAGCUCUUCUAAACUUAAACUUUACUAAUUUUAUCAGAAGUUUUGAAAUGAGUCUCUGCCUAAUGUUGUGAACUUGUGAAUUACUUUCCUCAAUGACAUCAUAUUUCAGACUUACUUUAUCAGUUGCUGUUUUGCUUAUAACUUUGAUUUAUAAUAUGAGUUUAAACUGUGUCAAGAAAAUCAAGGUGUAAAAUAACCUUUAUGUGUGUCUUGCAGUGCAAUGACUGAGAUUGAUAAUAAAGCAGGAUUCUAAUACA